AUGCAUCUUUCCAACUCUAUGCUGUUGAUGACGGCGCUGACCGCUGGGUCGGCCGUCGCUCGUCUUCACGGCCACGACCGCCGUCACGCUCACCCCCGGGACAUUGUCGAUGUCGAUAUCAAGGUCGAGCAGCCUGCCACCACUCCCGCCCCUGAGGUUGCCGAGCGUGGUAUCGGCGCUGAGGUCGUCGCUACCAUUGAUGGCCAGCUCGUCUCCUGGAUCAACGAGUGGUCUGGCCAGCAGUCCUCUGAGUCUUCCUCUGAGGCUGCCGACUCCGAGGCCUCCGCUACGCCCACCUCGACUGCCGCUCCCACCACCGCCGCUGCCUCCUCCAGCGAGGAAGUUGUCUCCAGUGUCAGCGCCACCCCCGUUGCCUCCAGCUCUUCAUCCUCCAGCUCCAGCUCCAGCUCCAGCAACUGGGCCGACUACCCCUCCGACGGCAAGUACACCACCACCGGUUUCGGUGCUUCCACUGCCAGCAAGCGCGUUGGCUCCCUCGACUGGGACUACAUCGGCAACGUCGGUAGCCCCUGGGGUAGCAACAUGAUCAAGGUCGAAGAGAGCAGCGCCAGCGGCUACAAGCACGUCAUCCGCUUCGAGAACGACAACCAGAAGGCCUGGAGCGUUAUCAUGUGGAACUCCUACGGUCCCAGCGGUGGCCUGAACGGAUUCUGGAGCCCCAACAAGGCCCUCCACUUCACCGUCGAGCCCGGUGAGAGCACCUUCGUCGCCAUCGACGACAACUCUCAGGGUGGAUGGGGUGCCGCCGAAGGCGAGGACCUCCCUACCAACUACGUCGGCGAGUAUGCUUCCACCUGGGGUGAGUUCGACAUGUCCAACGCCCAGAACGACAACUUCUCCGGCUGGGACGUCUCCUGCAUUAUCGCCGAGCUCGCCAACAUGGACAUCGCCGGUAUGCAGAUUUGCAACCACGAGGGUGAGAAGUGCUCCUCCAUCACCUCCGGCGCCGGCUCCGUUGUCAACGCCUACACCUCCGCCGACCAGGGCAAGCCCGACAAGGCUGUCGCCCAGUCCGCCGGUCCCGUCCGUCUCGUCGUCAACCUCGGCUGGUCCUCUUAG